AUGUCGUCCGAGAGGGGCAGCAUAUCGCUCGAUCAAGCACGCGAGACCUCCCUCAAUGCCCUUCCCUUUACAGCGCCUCCUACCACAAUUGUCACCCUCCCACACGAGAUCGUCACCCACAUCACCACCUUCCUUCCCCUUCCCGACCUCGUCAUCCUCUGCCGCACCUGCAAAUUCCUCCACCCGUUCCUGACCGAGGACAGACUCUGGGAACGCCUCAACAUCGCGCUCCCCAAACACCACGGCGACUAUCCUCGGGAAUGGCACUGGAUGUACAGGAAUGAGCCUAGCGCAGGGACUGUAGACAUGUGGAUGGCGAGACAGGCGCGGAGCGGACAAGCCGCGCGGGUUAUGGAGGCAAGAGAGAGGAUCAACAAUACCAUGGCGCGGGCGGGAUGGGAGCAGUGGGGCCGAGUCAGAGAGAUACAUCUCGAAGUGCGGCCGGGAUCGACGGUGGGGAUGUCGCAUCUCCUGGAAUUCGUCCAGCCCAAUCUGCGGAGCCUUUCGAUCGAGAUAGCCGACGACUUCGACCCGUCGGACCUAUGGGAUGGUGCCGGCCAUAGCACUCUCGACGCGCUAAUCCUCGACGGCCCCCUCGCCUUCAUGGCACUGACGUACUUACGUUUCGGUCCGGGCUCCAUACUCUACCCCUUUGUCGUUCCGCACUUGUGCGAGAUCUCACCCAAUCUCUCCGCCAUCGACAUCGACGUCACUCGCGACGCCUGGCACGGACUCGGACCUUGGGAACCGCCGGACACGCAUUUGGAGGACUACCCCACGCGGAUCCAGCGCAUGAGGAUCAAAUUCGACGAGAUGGACGAUGAGGAUUACCACCCCAUGCUCUUCGGAAGUUUAUCCCUACGGAACCCAAAUUUUGCUCUCCAGACUCUCAUCAUCUCAUCAGACUCAUGGUCAAACAUCUUUACCUUCAAGCACCAGCUUCCGUACAUGCGCGAGCUCUACUUUGACGCAUCACUACGGGAAACACCCCACACACCUCCCCUGCCCCCUUCCGCAUCCACUACCUACCCCUGGAGUACGCAAGACAUGAUCCCCGACUUUGUCGCUCAACUUCACGCAAAUCCCCACGUCCAGUACAUCCACACGUUCGCCCAUCCCCACGGUCCCAUUGACACCAACUAUAUCGAUGACGUCCAAGGCAUGGACAGGUCGGAUACCAUCACGGGCAAGAUCUACUCGUGGAAACACGGGACCGAGGAGCUGGUCUACGCUCUACUCUACUUGCCCAGUGUAGAAGUCGCCUACUCGCGUCUCCCUGGUCCCGUCAUCGUCAACUACGCCACCACCUUAGUCUUUACGGACAGCGGCGAUCCUAACGGAGGACCUUUCAGGAAGGAGUAUCUCCUGGCGGAGCAACCAUCCUGGCAGCACUUCAGUGACCACCAGGGGAUUGCGGUCCCUCUGUAUGUGAUCGAAGGGAUGCGCGAGGCGGAGGGGAAAAGUCUCGAAGAAUGGGAGCAGCGAGGUGUUGAGGUCAUGGCGGUACGUCGGACUUGGACUGCAGCCUCCUCCCCUCUCGGCAAACCUCCACAUCUCCUGGAGCAUCGCACGGGACAUAUGUGUUCUGGGCAUGGGCGGGUCAAGGCGGCAUGGAGACAUUGGGCCAUGGGGCCGGCCAGACCUAGAAGGGCUAUGCGGUCACGCAUUUACAGCUGUCGAGGAGCGUAUCUAGGGUGGGGCAAAUCACACCGUACGAGUAAGAUCAUCGAGAGGACAGGAGAAGGCCUGAAGACGUCUCAACAAUCCGAUAGCGAGUCGCAAGGAGGUCGAUCGCUCGGGUUUGCGACCGGGGACGUCAUGGUGACCGAUUCAUUUGCAAAACGGCAGCUGAUUGCCAAAGGGAACUGUUACUACGGCUUUGCCAUUGCCAUCCCGAACACUCGUGAUGACCUCCCCCUCAUUGGUCACUCUUCCCCGCGAGCUCGUCAGCCUCAUCAGCUCCCAUCUCCCCCUGCGGCGGUUGUUGAGCUUUGGAUGGACAGCCAGGCGGUUGAGGGGAAGGCGUUACGAGAUGCGGAGGCAAGGGAGAGGGUCAAGCGGCUGAUGGAGCGAGCGGACCGGGCGGAAUGGAAGGUGGUCAGAGAGCUGCGGCUGCAGGUGUACCCGAGCGCGGCGCUAGGGAUGGCGCAUCUGCUUGACUUUGUCGACUCGAACAUCACUAGCUUGAUCAUCGAAGCUCCCGGCAUGCUCAGCGACGAGGCUCCAUGGGAGGCUAUCGGACACCGCACGUUGGACGCGUUGGUUCUCGGCGGGCCCCUCGCUUUCUAUGCGUUGACCCAUCUCCGGCUCGGCCGCGGGUCCGUCCUAUACCCAUCCUUCUUGACACAUCUAUGCAACAUUGCACCCCGACUUUGCACGGUCGACAUCGACAUCUCUUGGGACGAGUGGUCCGAACUCGGACUGUGGCACCCACCUGAGCCAGCCGUCCUCAGUCAUCCGACAAACAUACGACGUCUCCGCAUCUGUUCGGACUACUCGGGGCUUGACGACGGGUACACUAGUGCUCUCGCCCACAUAUUGGAGAACAGUGACGAGCUGUGGCAGCUAUCGGUGGAUUAUGUCUCAAGCAAUGGAGAUGUUCUAUUUGCGCUUGUCGAUGGGCUCGGCGGAUUGAGGAAAUUGGAGGUGUUACACCUUGAUAUCAGAGAUGCUAUUCUUGACCACUUUGGCGGAAUCCAGGAGGACUUGGCUCUUGGGGUGCUCAUUAUCCCCUCACAAUAUGUGAUGGAUAUCUUCGACUUCAGAUACCACUUGCCGCAUAUGCGCGAGCUAUACUUUGACGUAUCUGCGCGCGACACUUCGAAAUCAUCUCCUCUUCCCACGUCAUCAUCCACUACCUAUCCCUCUGAAACGCAAGAGAUGCUCCCUGUCUUUGCCGAAAACCUCCGCCGGAACCCCCGCCUUCGCUUCGUUCACGCUUUCAUCCCGACCGGGCCCGCGGACACCGAUUACAUCGACAACGUCCUUGACCUGGAACGGUCCGACACUAUCAUCGGGCACAUCCACUCCUGGCGGUAUGGCGAGGAGGAACUCCUAUAUGCCUUCCUCCACUUGAACAGUGUGGAAGCCGCACACUCUCGAUACAUCGUUUCCCCCCACCCUGGAUGGGUCGAAUCCACAAAGUACAGCGACCGAUACGGAUCUCUUCACGAGAAGCGCUACAUUCCGCAACAAGACGCAUCGUGGCAGAGGUUCUCCGACUAUCGGGGAAAUGUCGUUCCGCUGCAGGUGAUUGAAGAGAUGGCAGAGGCGGAAGGGAUGAACUCGGAGGAGUGGGGCGAGCGAGGAGUAGAAGUGGGGAAAGAGAGCUGGAAGAUAUUGGAGGAUUGGCGGGAGCACGGGGUCGCCUUUGACUCUGGAUGUCUUGAUGACGUAUUCUCCCUCCAAUACAGCGGGACAGUAGAAUUGCCUAGUCAUCUCCCGUGUUCAACAUGCAUACUCCUAGCUUCUGUUGCCGGUGUACUGGGGCGAUACAGCGUGUUUUCGAUGCGCUGUCUACGCGCGUGCAGAAUCGGCGGCUACAGCGGGACACGGGGGCUCGGUUACGUCCCCACUCGAGCAGGCAGACUGGGGCAUCGGGAUAUCGGCUCCGAAUUCCGCCCGGCGGCCGAGGUGACCGGACUUGGCUCAAGCUUGGCUAUCUCUCCCUCGCAUAUCAAUCGCCUCUCAUUCCCAUCUCCUCUCUCCGGCUGGCACCUCGGUCAAGCAGCGCUUAAUCACCCAACUCCCAUCGUCCAAUACGAGCACGAAAAGAGGGAACCACGUCAGACAGAGCGGGAACGCCUAGAACACCCGCGAUGGUAUCUCGAAUCUUCCUUAUCUCCUCUGGGAUGUGCUGAUCAGCAGUCUGUAACAAUACUCCCACUUCUUCCCGACAAACCACUUCCCAUCCUCAUCACUCUCCCACCCGAGGUCGUCGCCCGAAUCGGCUCAUCCAUCUCACGCAACGACCUGAUCAAUCUGGGCCGCACGUGCCGCGCCCUCGUCCCGUUCGUCCCGGAGGAGCGGCUUUGGAGAGAUAUCAACCUCUCUCUUCCACCUCAUUACGGCAAACAGCCAAUGAUCAGGCCGGCGGACCGUACACUUGAGCACUUGCUCUGGGAAUCCUCGAAGUUCCAUGCGGAGCAAUCGUCGCGCUCUGCCGAGCUCAAAGCUUUGGUGAAUGCUAUCUCGCGCUCAGUCUCGGCGAGACGGUUGGCGUUGGUGGAGAAAUUGACGAUCAAGCCGGAGGAAGGGUCGACGGUGGGGAUGAUGCACCUGUUGGAGCUGCUGGCGCCAACUCUACAGGUGCUGGAGAUUAUCGGAGGGGAAGGAGUUCACCGCUGGGGCAACCGAACCAUCGCGGCCAUGCUGAUCGAGAGCGACAUGCGAUUCUCCGCCCUCACAUCGCUUCGGAUCGGACACAAAGCAGCCCACUAUCCCGAGCUGGUCUCCUUCAUGUGCAUGACCAUGGCGCCAAAUCUUACAUCGGCGGAUAUCGACCUUACUGGCCCCUCGGAAUCCGAACCUAUUCCAGCAUUCUGGUCUUCGGCCAGCUUCGUCAGAGGUCUACUUUCGGCAACAUCCAGCCUCGAACGUCUCCGUAUCCACUGCUUCUCUCGCGGGGAGGUCGGAGAGGACGAGUGCGGAGCCCUCGUCUCACUCAGCUAUCGGUCGAUUACGUCGGAAGAGAUUCGCCUCCUAUCUGGCCGGUUCGAAAGAGUCUACCUCGAUGGGUCCUACAGGUCGCGCCUUCCAAUGUCACCCUCCGCCAAUCCCGCCACCUAUCCGGCUCACGCUCAAGCGAUGCUGCCGGAUUUCGCUGAGCAGCUCUACGCGUGUCCACACCUUCACAUCCUGCACACCCUCCGCGAGACGUUCAAUUCCGGCGAUAUCACCCUCUUCGACCGCUUAGACGAGCUCGAGGCGAUCGGCGAGCAUAACGGAGUCAUCUCGUCUUGCUGCAACGGAGGGCAGGAGAUUCUCCACGCUCAGAUGCUUCUCAGUGCUAGUGAAGUGACGCCGGGCGUACUGCCCACGCUUCGGUACUUCGACCUCGACAACGAGCCCAGCGUAUGGGAUAUCAAGUAUACGGAUCGGGUUGGCGUGGAGAAGAAUCGGUUCUUCUUCGAGCAGAAGCAGGCCACGUGGCAGAGCUUCACGUUCUUCGAAGGGCUGGCGGUGCCGCUAGAAGUGCUGGAGGAUAUGCGAAAGGUGGAGGGGCUGGAUCUGAGGGAGUGGGAGGAGAGAGGAGUCAAGCUGGGGAAUAAGGCGUGGAAGUUGGUGGACGAGUGGCAUGAGGCGGAGCGGGCGAGGUUUCAUGGAGACUUGACAUGGCUAUCAGGGAGGGUCACACGCGCUAGUCCGAGGGAGAUUCGCGGGACAGCGCACAAGAUCAAGGUACCGAUACGCCAUCAGGGCGGUGCUGGUCGAGCGGAUACGAGCUGUGCUACGAGCGCAAGCAGAUUGGUACAGAGAUUCGUUGGGUCGCGGCAAGACGGUUCCGAGGGAAUCUGGGGGAUGAGGUGUCUUUGGGGGCGUCAUGAACAGCUCUGUCGCCGCAGUAUGAUCCGCCAUAGUCCUAUGUAG